AUGGUUGCCUCCACUCAAGAAGUUGUUUACACUUUCUUACAAACAUACUAUGGCAGAAUGAAGAAUGAUCCAACCAGAAUGUCCAAUCUUUACUCCACCACCGCCGAAGUGACCCACAUAAACUAUCAACAUGGAUUUAACUACGAUGACGGCAAGGAAGUCCUGCCCACGAUAAAAUUGAUCGGCAAGGAAAACAUCAAUGGGUUCUUUAAAAGAAACAUUGAUAAAGUGAGCGACAUUAAGUUGAUGAUCAAUUCUUGUGAUUUCCAGAACACGGGUGGUGUGAGCCGUGAUGACAUUUUGAUUAUUGUCACUGGAGAAUUGUUUUGGUCAGAUAGCCCUACUUUUAAGUUCGCUCAAACUUUUGUAUUGAAUAGUAUUUCGAAUAAUUACAAGUCAUUUGAGAUUACGAAUGAUGUCUUGAAGUUUAUCCCUGAUUCCUUGGAGGAGUAUGUCAUAAUACCCAAGAAGGUAAGACAAGAGAAGCCUGAAGAAAAGAAGAAGAAGGAAGAACCACUUCCUGUGAACGAAGCUGCUACUGAGCCAGCUAAAGUUGAAAUUGAAAAAAAAUCAGAAGAUAAGAAAUCAACCGAGGACGUGGUCAAACAACCUUUGGCUGCAACUUCAGAAAAAAUAGAGGAACGAGAUAUUCCUAAGAGUGAAACCAAACUAGAGACAAAAGAAGAAACUUCCUCAGAUGAAAUAGAAAAGAAGAAAAAGAUAACGUCAACAAAAGUGGAAGACGUUACUGAAAUCAAGGAGAAGGAAGUACCUGAAGUAAAGGAAAAGACUGAUAAAGUCGCAUCACCGGCAGCACAAGAACAUAAAGAGAAACCUUUGAAGCCAAAUACAGAAGUAAAAGAAGAAAAAGAAGAAGAAGACAAUAAGUUAAAGAAGCAUCAUGAGAAGGCCACGAAAAUUAAGUCUGACUCUCCUAAAUCUAGUACUUAUAAGGAAAAACCAGGCAAAGUGUCCAAACAUGAAAUAAUAAGUGUCUCUAAGGAAGGUCCAGAAAUAACUAUAAUUAAAAAACCUGAGAUUAUGAAGCCACAAACGAAAGAGAAGGAAGACGAACCCAACGAGAAGGAGAAUGAGAAUCCUGAAGAAACGAACAAGGAAACUGUACCAAUACCCGCUCCUGCUCCUGUAAAGAUGACUUGGGCUUCAAAACUUUCCGUGGAUUCCAAGGAAAAUGUUAAGGAUCACAGUGUGAAAGUGACACCAGCGGCACCUGAUAAUAGGAAACCUACUCCAAUUGUCAACAGAAAUGUCGUUGAAUUUACCAAGGAAGCCGCUCAAUAUAGAACUGAUAAUAGAAAUUUUGAGAUGGGUAAUCGUAGAGAUAAUACUAGUGGUAGAGGCGGUAAGAAGAAGCACGGUAAUAUUAAUUAUGAAACAGUUAAUAAAGAUGGAUUUUUCCCCGUUUUUGUUCGUGGCACUGGAUCAAUUAAAGAAGAUAAAUUAAGAAUUAAUCUAGAGAAGGAAUUUGGACCUAUCAUGAAGAUGAGUACCGGGGACAAUUUUGCUGUUGUUGAUUUUGCCACUCAACAAAAUCAAAAUGAUGCCCUGGAAAAAAAAGUCAUUAAGAUUGAUGAUACUGAUGUAAUAUUGGAGAGGAAAACUGCUAAGAAAGUUUAUAAUUCCAAUAAUGGAUUUUCCAGUCAUUCUCGUCCUUCUAAGAAGUAUACUAGUAAUAGUAAUGGUGGUUUCAAUAAUCCAAGAAGAAGAGAAUGA